AUGUCAGAGCAUUUUGAGGUUGCCUCAGGAGAAGGGAAAAAAACAUUCAAGUUGUCAACAUUGUUUUCGUUUCUUGCCCUGUUGGUCGUGUCUGUCCAGUCAACCUUUUUGAUAUCAGAGAAGAAGAGCUCUGUCAGCAAAUAUUCAUUGGAGUUGUCGGAAGGCGGAAGAACAUUUAAAGAAGAGAUUGCAAUCGACAUUACAAAGGGAACAGAGACUUUCCAUGUACCAAAGACAUCACCUAAUGAAUCAGCAGGAGAUAUAAUAUACGAUUUCAAAAGGCAAGUGACAAUGAUUCAUCUUCUAGCAGAAAAGGCUUGCUAUAUGGCGAGUUCAGUCGAUAAAACUCCCACACCCGCUGUUUUAAAGGAAGCUUUAGAGACGCAAACUCCCGGAACACAAGGUGAAGACUUACCAACCACUUCAACUGAAAUACAAAGGAAGGUUGUCGGACUGCUCGACAAUCGUUCAGUGCUAAGUACUGAAAUGGUGGAUCUGUGUGCAAAUCUGCCAAUUUACGUGGUCGUAAGGAGUGCUAUGAACCCAAAUGACAAGGAAGCUGAUGAGGAUGUUGAUGAACUCGUUGACGAAGAAGCCAGGGACUUCCCUGAAAUAACCGACCUAUACGACAUUCCUAACGCACGUGAGAAACGCCAAUUCUGGCGAAGAUUCAGAAAAUGGGUUUGUAAGCGGGUGUGCAAAUGGGUAACCCGACGGAUUUGCAGACUUGUGUUUAGGAACAGCCGUUGGCUUCGGGAAUGUCAUAAUGUCCGACAAUGGAUCUGUAGCAGAGUUUGUAACUGGGUGACACGAAGAGGAUAAAAUCUUCUCUUUCGAACCAAGUGUAAAAGCUUCUUCAAUGAGAUAUUAAUCCAGUGGCGCUUUCCUUUGAGCUAACAUUCAGUCCCGGUUUCAAAUCCCAAAACCUUAAGCAGUAUUUUUUUCACCCAGACUCAUGGAUCGAUUUUCAGGUCGAAACGUGAGACUCAACUACAAAACAUUUUUCUGCAAUUUUAGACAUGUUUACUUUUUAUACGUUAUAAAUGAACUAAUCGCUGACUCAGCUUUCGAGGAAGUUAACUGUAUACACUAGGGAAAAAGUCAUGUUGUUCCAAGGGGUCUGAAAUUUCCACUUAAACCGAUGAGGAAAAGAAAUAUUGCCAAAGGUUGAUGUUUUAGUGGCCAUGUCGGGCUUGGAUUUCAAUUGGCUGAAUCAGACAUGCGAGCAAGAUGGAAAGCGCCCUUGAUUGUAAUUGAGGUUUUUAGAUCGUCACUGAAGUUGAAAUGAUAAUGGUAAUGAAACGAUUAUGUCCAAUUGGCUUGAUAACAUACACGGAUGUUUUUGCUGCGGGGGGUUAAAAGCAUCUGGCUUUUAAAGAGCUGGACCAAAGAAAGUAGAAGAAAACUUUGGAGAAGAUACGAAGUCCGAAGGCCAAAUCGCAACGUAUUUUUAAGCCACAUGUAUUAGAUUUGGUAGCAUAUAAUGUCAAUGUAACUAGAAGAACUUUUAGUCAGAAAUAAAGGCACUUGG